AUGUUUUCCUGUCUGUCUUACCCUCGUCCCCUCGUCCGCAUGUUCCCUCAUUGCCUCGUCGCUUCCACUGCAUCAGUUGGUGUGUCCGUCCGCAUGAAAAUGGGUCAAAGAAUAGGCGCAAAUGUUCUUGCUUCCUUCCCUCGUCCACUGCAGUUCGUGUGUCCUCAUGAAAAUUGCCCAAAGGCAUUCGCACUCAACUGCUGGUUGACGAGGCACCUUCUAGUGCACAACCCUAAUGCCCCCCGGCACCCAUGCCCUCAUCCCCACUGCUCUCGGACCUUCAAGCGUCGAGACCACAUGUUGCAUCAUGCAAGGAAGCAGCAUUGCGGAGAGGGGGGAAGAGGGGAGAAGCUGCAGCGUGCAAGGAAGCAGCGUUGUCAGGAGGGGGGGAGUGGGGGCAUGGCGCGGCUUGUAGGGAGAGGGAAGGAGGGAGGAGGAGGAGAAGGGCAAAGAGGCGAGGGGGGAGGAGAGGGAAGGAGAGGGAAGGAAGGGGGAGGAGAGGGAAGAAGAGGGGAGGAGGGGGGAGGAGAGGAAGGAGAGGCGAGGAGGGAGGAAGAGGCGAGGAGGGAGGAAGAGAGGGAAGAGGGAACGAGGGGGGAUGAGAGGGGCGAACAGGGAAAGAGGGAGGAGGAGAGGAACGAGGAGGCUUUUAGGCAGGAAGGGGGGCGUGAAGGUGAGGAGAGAACGAGUGCAGUGAGGGGCAAAGAGGGAAGGAGCGGGGAGGAGAGGGACGAAGAGGGAAUGGGAGGGAAGGAGAGAGAUGAAGGAGGAAGGGGAGGGGAGGAGAGGGAUGAAGGAGGAAGGGGAGGGGAGGAAAGAGAUGAAGGAGGAAGGGGAGGGGAGGAAAGAGAUGAAGGAGGAAGGGGAGGGGAGGAAAGAGAUGAAGGAGGAAGGGGAGGGGAGGAAAGAGAUGAAAGAGGAAGGGGAGGGGAGGAGAGGGACGAAGAGGAGGAUCCCCUACCCUUUCUUCAAAGGUGUGGCCAUGUGGAGAGCAGCGUGGGAAGGGCAGUGACACAGCUUCAAGAAGGUUUUGGCACGGCUGGGGGAGGGACGGGGGAGGAGGGAGCAGAUGCUAUGAGGAAUGAAGAGGAAAGGAGAGGGGACGAGAGGAAUGAAGAGCAGGAAUUAGUACCUCAUCGGCUCCCUUCUAAGGGGGAGGGAAAUGAUUGUGGAGGGCGGUGGGGAGAGGAACGGGCACCCCAAUUCCAAUUCCUUCCUCCCAGGGGGGAGGUCCGCAUGGGGGAGGCAGUGAUGCUGCCGUUCCAAGGGGAGGGCAGCGCAGCUGGAGGAGGAAGAGCGGAGGGAGAGGCUGGGGCCGAGAGUGGAGAGGAGAGGUGGCAGCCUGGGGGGGGAGCGGGGAGGAGUGCGCGUGGAGGAUGGAAGGGGGAGGGGGGAGCUUCUGGGGAUGGUGGGGGAGGGCAUGAGCGUGAGGUGAAGGAAGAGGAGGAGGAUGGGUGUGACGUGGAUGGUCGAGGUGAAGUGGGGAAGGGGAAGGAAGUGAGGGAAAAUGGGGCUGGGUUUGAGUCGGUUCAAAGCAUUCGAGAGCGGUGGAGGAGCAACGAGCGUGCAGAGCGUGCAGCAACGAGUGAGGCCCGUAGAAGAGGGUUGCUGCGAAGGGAAGCGGUGAGGAGAAAGCGAAGGCCUGUUGGAGGAGUCGUUGAGGGGGAGAGAGGCAUUGGGAGUGAGGGAGCUGGUUACAGGAGAAAGCGAAGGCGUGUUGGAGGAGUCAUUGAGGGGGAGGGCGCUGGUUACAGGAGAGGCUACCUGAAAAAUCACCUGAGGCAGCAGAAGAGGUACCUGAGCACGAAGGUGCAUCAUUUUGUGGGGAGGAAGGGGCGGCGAUGCAAGCUGAGGAAUCACCUGAAGGCAACAGAGAAGAAGCACCUGAGGAGGAAGGAGUUUCUCCUGAAGGAGGAAGAGGUCCAUCUGAGCCAGAGGGAGGAACACCUGGACAAACAGAAAGAGCACCUGAGACAGCAGGGGGACCAUAUUAGAGAACAGAAGGAGCAGCAAGAGUUGCACCUGAGGCAACAGGAGGAGCAUCUGAAGCAACAGAACGAGCACCUGAGGCAGCAGGAGGACCAUUUGAGGGAACAAAAGGAGCAGCAAGAGUUACACCUGAGGCAGCAGGAGGAGCAACUGAAGGAACAGGACGAGCACCUGAGACAGAAAGAGGCUCAGAUAAGGGAACAGAGGGAGCAACAAGAGUUGCACCUGAGGCAGCAGGAGGAGCACCUGAGGCAGCAAGAGGAGCACCUGAAUGACAGGGAAAACCACCUGAAACGAAAAAGGCAGCACCUGGAGCUUCAGGUUAGGUGCACGCGAAGACGGAGGGAUCGCCUGAAUCGUUGCUCUGUACGUUCUCGGGGUUCGGGAAAGGAGGCGGUGGUGAGUGGUGCAGAGAGAGACAUGCAGAUUCGGAGGGAUCGCCUGCGUCGUCGCUCUGUGCGUUCUCGUGGUUCGCGGAGGGAGGUGGUGGUGAGUGGUGCAGAGGGGCGCACUCAGAUUCGGAGGGAUCGCCUGAUUCGUCGUUCUGUACAUUCUCGUGGCUCGAGAAUAGGGGUUGGGAUGGGUGAUAUGGAGGGGGUGGGGUUGGCGGGGGAUGGAGGGAGGCGAGGAGUGGUGAAGGAUGAGAGAGAAGAGUGGUUGGGGUGA